AUGGAGUGGCUCAACGAGUACGAGAAGCUGGUCAUCAGGAUGGACACCCCCAAGGUCGUCAUCGACAAUGCCGUCUGCCCCACCGCCACGCUCGUCCAGGUCGACAGCGCGAGGAAGAGAGGCGUCCUGCUCGAGGCGGUCCAGGUGCUCGCGGACCUCGACCUGUCCAUCAACAAGGCCUACAUCUCCUCCGACGGCAGGUGGUUCAUGGAUGUCUUCCAUGUCACCGACCGCCUCGGCCGCAAGCUCACCGACGACAGCGUCAUCACCUACAUCCAGCAGUCUAUCGGGACCUGGAACGGGCCGUCGAAGCCGGCGGCGCUCGAGGGGCUAACGGUCCUUGAGCUGACGGGCGCCGACCGCACGGGGCUCAUCUCCGAGGUGUUCGCCGUGCUGGCCGACAUGAGCUGCAGCGUCGUGGAUGCCAGGGCGUGGUCGCACCGCGGCCGCCUCGCCUGCCUCGUGUACCUGCGGGACGAGGAUGUGUGCGCCGCCAGUGUGGAGCGCAUCGAGGCCCGCCUCGCCCCCCUCCUUCGCGGGGACUCGGAGGCCAGCGGCGGCGCCGUGGCUGCGGUCCCCGCUGGCUCCAUCGCGCACGCCGACCGGCGCCUCCACCAGCUCAUGUACGCCAGCCGCGACCAGGAGCGCGCGUUCCCAACUCCCUGGGUGUCUGUGGAGAGCUGGGCCGAGCGCGGGUACUCUGUGGUCACCGUUCAGUGCCCAGACCGCCCCAAGCUGCUGUACGACGUCGUGUGCACGCUCACCGACAUGGACUACCUCGUCUUCCACGGCACCAUCGACACCAACGCCGGCCAGGCGAGGCAGGAGUUCUACAUCCGUCACGCCGACGGGAGCCCCAUCCGCUCCGAGGCCGAGAUGCAGCGAGUGAGCCAAUGCCUGCAAGACGCCAUAGAACGGCGAUCAUUUGAGGGAGUGAGGCUGGAGCUGUGCACGCCAGACCGGCCGGGGCUGCUGUCGGACGUCACCAGGACGUUCCGGGAAAACGGACUGCUCGUGGCGCAGGCUGAGGUUUCAACCAAGGGCGACAUGGCCACCAACGUGUUCUAUGUCACCGGCACCACCGCCGGCCAGGCCGUCCAGCAGAACGUCAUUGAAGCCGUGAGGGAGAAGGUUGGCGUGGACUGCCUUGUCGUCGAGGAGCACCGGCCGCAGCUCUACCAGAAGGCCCGCGGGCAGGACGACCGGGACGACCGCAACGGCGCCGGCAUCGGGCUGUUCUACCUCGGCAACCUUGUGAAGAGGAAUCUCUACAACCUGGGCCUGAUCAAAUCCUGCUCAUGA